ACAUAUGUGUGUUCCAAAAAGAAAAAAUCAAUUGGAGAAGAUAAGUUUUACAAAUGAAAUGGUGAUGAGAAAAUAAAAUAAAAUCUAUUUUAGUAUUGUUGCAUGAGACAAGCGUUUGCUAUGUUCAUUACUAAAUUUUGUAAAGUUUGGUGAUUUGGGUCAACUCAUGAAGUCAAGUCAAUCGAUUGAUUAUUACAAAGGAUGCUUCCUCUUCAAUAAUUGAAAGAGUCUUUUGCUUUUGAUCUUACUUUUAUGAACCAAAAGCGCGUACUGAUUGAUUAGUUUACUUUCCAGUUUCCAAUGCCUAAUCUCCACCCAGUAUGCAUGGUUUUGGUUUAAUCACUAAGCAAAUCCAUCCACACAAUCUUUCACUUUCUGGUGGCCAGAUUUAUUGAGGGAUCAUCACACUUUGAGUCCUGCAGAAUCUUAAUUACCAUAUAUGGAGAAUGAUGUAGCUAAAGAGGUUGAAGCAAUGCUGGAGAAGGCACAACCUUUGUUUACAACCAAAAGCUGCUGCAUCUACAAAGUGCCCCAUCAAAUCCGCCAAUCAAGCGAAGAUGCAUACACCCCGGUGCUUGUUUCAAUUGGCCCUCUGCAUCACGGAAAUUCUAGACUGGUAACCAUGGAAGGGCACAAACAGUUUUAUUGUCAACAUUUCAUUCAAAGAUCGGAGGCAAGUUUGACCGAUUUGGUGAGUUGCGUGCAACAAUUGGAACCACAAAUUCGUGCAUGUUACUCGGAGAAAAUCGAACUCACAGUAGAUGAAUUGGUGAAGGUGAUAUUCAUAGACUGUUGCUUCGUAAUUGAUCUUUUUUUCAGAGAUUAUGAGCGGACAACAGAGGAUGAUGUUAUCUUCUCAAAAGAUUGGGUUUGGAAUCGGGUAAGCGAUGAUUUGAUAUUACUUGAAAAUCAGGUUCCUUUGUUUGUUGUUGAGAAAAUAUACAAUCUAGCUUUUGCUUCUCGCUUACAUGGUGGUGGAUUCCCUUCAUUUAUGCGGCUUGCUAUUAGUUAUUUUUCAUAUUUCAAUAAACAAGGAGUGUUAGCACCGACUAGUAACAGUAUAGCACACUUCACUGAUCUGAUUAGAUACUUCAUCUUGCCACCAUCUCAUAAAAGACCUUUAAGGAACGAUGGACCCUUAGUCCUUGGUCACAGUGCAUUUGAGUUAGUUGAAGCAGGACUGAAGUUCCAAGUAAAUAAAUCAAGUCAUGGCUGCAUACUUGACUUGGAAUUUGAGCAUGGUAUCCUUAAAAUUCCACACAUUAUAGUAGAUGAUUUCACUGAAGUUUGGUUGAGGAACAUUGUGGCUUUGGAACAGUGUCACUAUCCUCGACAUCACUACAUCUCUGACUACGUUUCCUUCCUUGCUCAACUUGUCAACACAAACAAGGAUGCGGAUGUCCUCAUCAAAGCUCGAAUAAUUCAGAGCAAUGUAAGUGGUCAUGACACUUCAGUAGCUAAGCUAUUCAGAGAUGUUGAUAAGAAUAUUAUAGUGGUAAAUCAUAAUGCCAAUUAUCUCCAAAUUUGCAAUGACUUGAAUGCUUUUUACGAACAUCCCUGCCGCACUAAAAUAACAACUCUGAGACGCGAUUAUUUCACCACUCCAUGGAAGACAGCAGCUUCCAUUGCUGGAAUUGUAUUGCUCCUUCUUACUGUUAUUCAGACUGUAUGUUCCAUUCUCCAGCUAAUUCAUUCUUAAAUAAUUAGUGCUAAGGCUACUACUAUAGCCACAUGCAUUCACAAAAGAGACUACUUAAAUUGGAGAUUUGCUAGUUAUUAUAUUAUUGCCAGCACUCUAUUACAGAUUCUAAUUUGUAUUCUUUCAUUAAUUUAAUUAAGAUUACAUAUUGUGUAUCUGACACUAUCCUAGU